GUUGCUUGCUUGCGUCAAAUACGCUACAGCGUACACUGUUCGCACCGCGGCGGACGGCAGCGCGGAGUACGCGUGCAAGCACUGCCCGGGCGUGUUCCGCUCCAACAACUGCUUCUCGCAGCACUACAAGCAGGUGCACCUCAAGGAGCGGCCCAAGCUGCGCGCCUGUCACUUGUGUGACGUCAAAGUGUCAGGCUACAUGCGAGCCUUCCACAUGGAACAACACGGUCUACCAGCGCCAUCUUGCGGAUCGUGUGGCAAAAAAUUCGCCUACCCGCACCAAGUGUUGCGUCACCAAAAAACCUACCACAUGGGGGAAAGAAACUUCCCAUGUAACACAUGCAACCUGAAAUUCGCCACAAACUACGCUUUGAAAUACCAUGAAAGAACCCAUUCGCCGAACAAGCCAUUCUCUUGUGAAUAUUGCAAGAAGUGCUUCAGAUGGAAGAAGAGUUUGAAAACGCACCUCAUGAUACACUUGGGCGUAAAGAAUCAUGAGUGCAGUAUAUGUAAAGCAGCUUUUGUACAACAGAGCAGUUUGAAAUAUCAUCUGACUAAACAACAUCCUGGAUUACAUUAUUAAAUAUUAACUAUAAGUUAUAAAAUUACUGAAGUGUUUUUCUGAUACGAUGACAGUCUUCUGUAUGACGUUUAUAAUCGGCAAACUUUUAAGAGUGAAGCGAACUGUCACCCGCACCAUCCUACAUGAAACGAACAGGGCAUGUAGCCAUGUGACAAGAGAAUCGAUUCGAAAACUAAAACAAUGUAUGGGAAUCACAGAUCCGAUCGGUAACUUGAUUGAUGGCGACGAUUGAUGAUUGAUUGAUGACACGUGAUCUGUCAUUAACAAAUGUCAUUCCCAUACAUUUUAGUAUUUAUUUUUAUUUUUUUUAUUCAUAGCCAUCCAUAUGCGGUGCAUACACCUCCAACUUUUCAGUUGUGUGCAUUUUAAGAAAUUAAAUAUCACGUGUCUCUAACAGUGAAGGAAAAACAUCGUGAGGAAACCUGCAUACCAGAGAAUUAUCUUUACACUUUCCGUGGGUGAAGUCUGUCAAUCCGCAUUGGGCCAGCGUGGUGAACUAUUGGCCUAACCCUUCUCAUUGUGUGAAGAGACUUGUGCUCAACAGUGAGUCAUAAAUUGCUAAGAUGAUGAAGAUGAGUGAGAAUCAUAUGUAGGUAUAUUAAUGUUAAGGUUGCUAAAUGUAAAUAAUUAUAAACAUAAUUGUAUUAAGUAUUAUAAGUAAAAUAAAAUACCGUGUUUAUAUUUAA